AUGAGAAAAUUUGUUACGGAAUAUCUUAAAAAUCGUGAAGAAUGUCAAAGAUAUGAGAUUUCCAAUCAAAAGCCAGCAGGACUACUUCAGACUCCGGUACAAAACCAACGAGGCAAAGUGUUAGCAACAGAUUUUUUUGGUCCACUGUCUGAAGGAGAAUCUGGAGAGAAAUGGAUCCUCCUUAUAGAAGAUAUUGCCACUCGAUGGGUGGAAAUGCUUGCACUUAAAGAAGCAACUGCAGAAGUAACUGCUAAAAUACUUAUCGAACAAUACUUCCUUAGAUAUGGGUUUCCUAGGAGAAUUGUCUCUGAUAAUGGAAUACAGUUUGUAUCAGCUGUUAUGCAACAAACUAUGCACCUCCUUGAUAUUAAGCAAAAUAUUAUUGCUCUCUAUCACCCGGAAGUGAACCCAGCCGAACGAAAAAACAGAGAUCUCAAAACACAACUUUCGAUUCUGGUCCAGAACAAUCAUAGAGCGUGGCCUAAGUAUCUGCCCGAAAUUAGAUUUUCUAUGAAUUCUGCAAAGUGCUCCACUACUGGCUGUAGCCCAGCCUUUUUAAUGUUUGCUCGAGAGAUGCGAACGCCUUACGACGCCUUACACAGCGUGAUUUGA